AAAAGACCAAAAAGAAACAAGCCAAAAAAAUUGUAAAGUCUACUUCGUCGUCGCUUUACACUAAUUUUCUGGUUUUAUCGAAGACUUUUGAAGAAGUACAUUUUGCAGUCUGUCGUCGCGGUAUUCCUCCAAGCCGCGUGAGUGCGUAGUGGUAGACUCCAAAAUAUCCCCUCUUUCUGGUUUCCGGAAUCUGGCUUCUCUGAUCUUUGAGGUUCGUAAUUGUCUGCAGGGUUUUGAAAUCUUGGAUCAGUCUUUUGCGGAAUUAGUUAAAAUCGAAAAUGUUGUUAGGUGUUUGGUUUUAAAUCAAACAUCCGCUUCACAUGGCGUGGUUAUGUUGCUUCGGUUCUUCAGACUACGAUCUCUUGGUUGGGAGAGCAUCAACUAGUUCCGGUAAAGGGAAAAACAGCAAUGGGGAGAUUAAGUUUGGUUACAGCUUAGUGAAAGGGAAAGCUAACCAUCCAAUGGAGGAUUACUACGUCUCCAAGUUCAAUAAAACUGACGGCAAAGAGCUCGGUUUGUUUGCUAUCUACGAUGGUCAUCUGGGUGAACGUGUUCCUGCUUAUCUACAAAAGCAUUUAUUCUCCAAUAUACUCAAAGAGGAGCAGUUUUGGUAUGAUCCUCAAAGGGCAAUAAUAACUGCAUAUGAGAAGACAGACCAAGACAUUCUAUCACAUUCUGACCUAGGCCGAGGGGGCUCAACCGCCGUAACCGCUAUUCUGCUGAACGGACGGCAUUUGUGGGUGGCAAAUGUGGGUGAUUCCCGGGCAGUUCUAUCUCAAGGCGGUCAGGCAAUACAGAUGACUAUAGACCACGAGCCGAACACAGAAAGAUUGAGCAUAGAGGAUAAAGGAGGCUUUGUAUCAAACAUGCCUGGAGAUGUUCCUCGGGUUAACGGGCAGCUAGCAGUUUCCCGUGCUUUUGGUGACAAAAGCCUCAAAACUCAUCUACGGUCAGAUCCAGACGUUAAAGAUUCAUCGAUUGAUGAUCGCACAGAUGUUCUAGUUCUUGCUAGUGACGGUCUAUGGAAGGUGAUGGCUAACCAAGAGGCCAUUGAUAUUGCGAGAAGAAUCAAAGAUCCAUUGAAAGCAGCGAAAGAACUAACAGGUGAAGCUCUGAGAAGAGACAGCAAAGAUGAUAUAUCUUGCAUCGUCGUCAGAUUUAGGGGAUGAAAGAUCUUUUAUAACCACCAAGAAAAACUUGGAAAUGGAAGAAAUUGAAUAAUUAAGUUCGAUUCUGAAAAGCAGAAGAUGUUGUUAUGUAAUUUGAUUGGUGUGAUUUGUGGUUUGCGUAGUGAAAGUGAGAAUCAUAUGGUUUGGUGUCCAAAAACAAUGUCUCUUCUUCUACUUUGAUAUCAGAAGAUUAUUACAAA